AUGGAGCUGACGACGUCGCUGGCCGUCGAGUCGUGGAUCCUCUACGUUGUCGGCGUCGUCGUCGUCGUCGCCCGUCUCGUCUCCCGCAGCAUCAAGCUGGGGAAAUGGAGCAGGCUCCAGCUGGAUGACUAUCUCAUCGUCUUCGCCCUCGUCAACUUUACCGGCGUCGUCGUCUCCAUCAACGAGGUGGCCAAGAACGGCAGCAACUACAUGGACGCGGAUGCCGCCGCCGCCCUCGACGACCACGGCGUCCAGAGGGCCGUCUACGGCAGCAUCAUGACCUUUGUCCUCGAGGUCUUCACCCUCACGGCCAUAUGGACCGUCAAGGCCUGCCUGCUGCUGCUCUACGCGCGGCUGACGCGGAACACGCUGCCGAAGCAGCACCUGCUCGUCAAGAUGGUCGCUUGGUACUGCGCCCUGACCUACCUCGUCGCCAUGUUCAUGUUCAUCUUCUUCUGGUGCCACCCGACCGUCGAGUACUGGGCCGUGCCCGUUCGGAACCGUAGGCAACACGCGGCACCGCGGCGGAGGCCAUGGCCGGCUGACGAGGACAGGGCAAUGCGCGACAUUCUUGCCGCCAUCCUCAACCGAUACUGCAACUUCAGCUCGCCCAACUCGUACGUCUUCCUGUUCUGGUACGUGGCCGAAGUCGGCGUCGCCAUGAUGGUCGGCAACCUGCCCCUGUGCUGGCCCAUCGUACGCCUGAUGAUGGGCAGCCGGGAGGCGACGCAAACGCCGUCGUACCAGAUCGAGACGAUUGGCGGCGAGGGUCGCAAGAAUCGACGGGCCAAACCCCUCGCCGCGGCAAGGGCGAGCAUCAUGAGCAUCGAGUGGGGCAAGCUCGACGACCAGGAAUGCGGCCCGACGGCCAGGGAGGCACCGCAUAGCCACCACGCGGCGUCGGAACAGGGGAGCCAGAUUGAGCUGGUGCUACGGGAACACGACCUGAGCCUGCACGACGACGACGCGGUCGCCGCGGGCGAGGAAAAGGAAACCGCGAGCGAGCGGCGAGUCAUUCUCACGGGGUCGGCGGAACCCAAGGGAGACAUGGACUCGGCCAUGAAGCCGGUGGACGUGAUUUCGGAUUCGCAGCUCGACCGAUGA